AUGAGACUUUUCAUUUCCAUUAAUUACCCUUAUUCAACACUUUCUAAUUUCUAUGAAGGAUCCUUUAAUAAUAAUGCACUUGGGGUUCGAAGGGACUCCACGAUUCACAAGAAGCCUCGAAGGGACUCCACGAUUCACAAGAAGCCUUUCUAUCCUUCUUGGUACUCCACUAGUUCCAUGUAUGGUCACGCUUGGUCAAAUCAGGGUCAGAGAAUUCUAAACUCUUCAGCACUUGGUGGCUUUGGAAUUCUGAGAAGUGGUGCAACUCCAAGUUCAAGGCUAGAGGAUGAUAAUGGUACCGCUAGAAGACUUCCUCUUUCAGCAAAUGCUGCUACCAAUUCAUCAAGCCAAGCAAUAAACAAACCAACCCUAACAGCAACCGCUGAUCAUCAUUCUGUGCCAGAAGAAGCCGCCAAAGCUGAAUCUUCUGAUCUUGAUUUGUCACUUAAGUUUUGA